CUCGAUUAUUAAAUGGAUGCGCCCACAUCAACUUUGUAAGAUUUCAAUCCAAGUCAGUGUAUGUAGCGUAAAUUGUGAAAAUUUAACAACCGCACAUACAGUUUAACUGUUAAGAAAAUAUAAUCUGAAGUCAGCAAGGUGAAUGCUACACUGCUACUAAGGUCCAUGUACAUGUAAGGUGUAACAGCGUCACUGCAGGAUUACAUAUAGUGAUGGAUGAUGAUGAUGACUUUGGAGACUUUGGCGGCUUUGAGGAGGCCGAAGCUGUUGCCCCAGCUGAGGCUCAACCUGUUAUAGAUGGAGCUGUUGCUGCCCCCUCCCCAUGGGCUGUUUUUGGAAUGGGGCAAAAUGUGAACCCACAGCCAGAUCUCCUACAAGCUCAAGCUGCCCCUGGGGGUAAUGUGGCUCCACCUUUCAUCGAGGUAGAAGAGCCCCCUGAACAGCCCAAUGGACCUAUUGCUGCCCCUGAUCUUGGAAAUGGAGCCUCACAGGGAGGAUCUGUUUCUAAAUCAUCCGGCCCACUUUUAGAGGACCACAUUCUCGAUGGUCACUUUCAGCCACCAGUAUCCAUGCCAACCAAGAGCUUCACCAAUGAGCACUCGGUGCAGCUUCCCCCUGCAGGUGUACUUGACCUUGACCUUGGUCAAGGCACAGUGCAGCCACCUAUGGGUCAAUCUCAGAACCAACCAGAUUUAACAGAAAAGAUUCCUAUAUCUGGAGCUAAAAGUAAUAGACAACCUGAUCUAACUAAUAGUGAUAAACCAACAGGUGCUACGGAAAAAGCUUUGUCUAAUGGCCCAGAUGUGACAAAUAAAGGUGCAAGCAAUAUUCCAGAUUUAUCAAAAAAAACUCUAGCAAAAGCUCCUGAUGUGACUGAAAAAUCAAAUUCAAAACCAUCAAGUUCUAAAAAGACAGUAGAUUCCAAUGACUUUGACAUAUCGUUAGACUUUGACGAUGAGCUGAAUUUAUCAAGUACCCAAAAUGCAAUAGACGCAGCCAUUGCUGCUACAGUGCCAUCUGGUGAGAAAAAAGCUUCAACAAAACCUGCCACUGAUGAGAAAAUGGAGCAGAAGGUGAAAGAACUUGAAAAUAAAUUGAGUCUAGCUGAUGAGGAGAAAGAGAGAAUAAAAAAGGAUCUAGAAAACAUGAAUUCCAGUCAGAAAGAGUUGGAAGCAGAGCUAUCUAAGAGUAAAGAAGACCUAGAAGCACAAAAAGAAAAAUACAAUGAAUUGCAGGUAAAACAUGACAAAGACCUUGAAGACAUUAGAAAGGCAGGACACGAUGCACUAGCUGUGAUAGUUGAAGAAUAUAAGGAACUUUGUAAAACUGCAGUAUUAGAACAACAGCAAUUGAACGAAGAACAUUUCAAAGAACUUUUAAAAAGUGAACUAGAAAAAUAUGACAAGGAAAAGGCAAAACAGAGUGACGAAUUUCAGAAAAUUCUGGAAGAAGAGAAAUCAAACAUGCAAGAAGCCAUUAAAACUGCUAUAGAAAAGCAAAAGAAGACUAGUAAGGAAUAUGUGGAAAAAUGUAUAAAAAAUGAACAGGAAAAACAGAGAGAGAUAUUAGAAAAAGCCUUAGAGGAAGAGAGACAGAAAAGCAAGGAUGCAAUACGUGAAGCAGUCAAAGAAGAACAGGUCAAGUCUCAGGCAUUUAUAGAUGAUGAAAAGAAAAAGCUGUUAGAUUUGUUAGAUGAAGAGCGUGAGAGAGGGAAGGAGGCCAUCGCUACAGCAGUAGCAGAACAGAAUGUUAGUAGUAAGACAUGUCUUAGUGAAGCUAUAGAAGCAGAAAGAAGUAAAGCUAGCGAGGCAACACAGACAGCUAUCAAUGCAGCCAGAGAUGAUAUGAAAACAUAUAUAAAUGAACAAAAACAGGCGGAUUCCAGUUUACGCCAGAGACAGUAUGCCAGCAUGGAUCUAUUCUUGGAGAGUACUAGGAAAUCAUUGCAACUACUCAUGUCUCAACCUCCAGGCAGUGGUGGAGAUGGACCGAAAUAGCAGACAAUUUUCUAUUUUUUAACAGAUUUAAUCAUCUCAGUCAAAUGCAUUAAUGUUCUGAAACUCUGCAAGGUGAAUCUAGUUGCCUUGCCAACUAUUAACUCAAAUUUGUCCCUGUAUUAUUUUACAUCAUAAUAUGUUAAUAUGUACAAUGUACAUGUAAAAUAUAUUUCAUUCAUGUUCUCUAUUCAUGUUUUGAAUUUCUGGAGCUGAGUUAUCAGGAUUUAAACACUUCUGAGCAAAAUUGAAUUAUGAUAAAACUGGGCGUGUACACUGCCUCUUGUAUUAUAGUUAUACUCUGCUUGGAGCUGGAUUAUUGGCAAAAUGAUAAACACGAUGAAAGUAUUUUUGCUGCACCAAUGAAAGCAUAAUUAUGAAUAAAAUGCUAUUAUAGUAUUAGCUAACACGUGGAAGGGAUAAAUAAUGUUAAAU